CAGACACACAGUGGGACCCCUGCCCCAGGUUCUGCUGCUACAUCAGCUUCAGAAACAGCAUUUCUGAGCAUUCUGAAGGGAUUCCCAGCAUCAUGGAUCAGAACCAGGGGUCACAGGAGGCAGGUUACACCCUGGGCGGGUCGCAAGAUCAUCACCUUUAUAAACAAGACAAACCAUCAUUUACACUUUCAUUUAAAGGAAGGACCAGUUACUGCCUACGCAGAGCACCCAGAGAAAUCACAGUGUGAAGAGCUCCAAACAGAAAGGCUCUGAGUGGGAAGAGAACCGACAACCUUCUACUUUUGGUUCAGAAAUCUUUGGGUUUUUCUGAUAAAAGGAUUUCUCCUCCACCUCCACCUCCUUCUCCUCCUCAUCCUCCCUCAGCCUCUGUGAACCAAUCACAGCUCUGUAUCCGUGCUGGCCAAUCAGAGCCCUGCCGAGUGAUGUCAUGCAGCAGCUGCUGCGUGGUUCUGGUUCUGCUGAGCUGCAGAUCUUCAGAGAACGAAGACCAGAGUGGCUGCAGGCACCUGAUCCUACCUCAGCAGCAGAUCUUUGAAGGAGACCAGCACCAAAAUGACUCUGACAGCCUACAGAGAGAAACUCAGAGAGCUCCCACUGGUGUCCCUCUUCUGUUCCUGCAUCCUUCCUGAACCAAGAGAACCAAGAGAACCCAGAGCCGACAAGAAGGAAGGCAUUGUGGACCUGAACCUGUGCAACAUCCGAGACAUGGAGGUGAUUGAGUUGAGCAAACGAGCGAGUGGCCAGGCCUUCGAGGUCAUCCUGAAGCCCCCGACCUUCGAUGGCGGCCCGGAGUUGAGGGCCACCACGCCACCUCGCCAGAAACCAUCACUGGAGGAAAUCCAGAAGAAACUCGAUGCUGCUCAGGAGAGGAGGAAGUGUCUGGAGGCGGAGCUGCUGAAGCACCUGGCUGAGAGGAGGGAACACGAGCGAGAAGUCGCCCAGAAAGCUUUGACCAAAGAAUAUCAGGAGUAUCGCGUGAAUGCCCACCAUGAGCUGCGGCACCUGAACGCCUCACAAGAAGAAGAGGACAAACACAUUGUGGAGGUGUCCUGAUGGCCUGAUCACAACACAAGCUGAAGUUUUCCCCAAAGCCUUUUUUGACGGCUGCUUACCUGAUUGACAAGUCAGGGAGACGCUCUGACACAGUCUGACAGAAAGAAACGGAGAGAAGAAGAAGAAGAGAAAGAACUGGAUCGUGUGAGCUUCUCCACAGAAACAGAACUAUUUUAAACAAACGACGAGAAACGAGCUGCGGGUUCGUGCAGCUCGAAACGGACCGCAGAGGUUUUACUCUGCUUCCUACUGCGUGUGUGUGUGAUUGUGUUGACUGAAACAACCCAAACCUGCAGAACCCAACGCGACUCAAAACCAAACCACAACAUGAUGCCUGCGAAACUGAAACUGAGAGUCUGAGUUCCAGCGCCACCUGCUGGACACUUUGAACCUGUGGUUGUGAAGUCGAGUCUGUGGAAAGUAAAGUGAUCUGAGAUCAAUUAAAGUUAGACAAAGAUAAUCAGCUGUUCUUGCUGAGGUUAGUGCUGCUGUGACCAACAAGUCCGAGAACAACUAGCAAACCACAAAGAGCACGGUUCUGUGAGCUGGUACAACCCAGGAAGUCAGGUCCUCAAGGUCCAGAUAAAUCUGAAACCACGUGUCAAAAACAACUGAAGCUGAGUAAAACACAAAACAGAUCAGAGACAAAAGCACGUCCUAAAAGCGACAGCAGGCUCUUUCUGCUGGAGCUUUGAGUCCUCCUGGUUGCCUCGGUCUGACCUGAACAGAUCCAGGCAGCCAGGAGGGUCGAAGCCAACCCACGAACCCAAACUGUUCUCAUGAAGACAGGUUACACAACAAACUGAUGAUGCUGCACAAAGCCUUUGCAUUUCAUUAAAAACUUUGAGUUAAUUCAUCAAAACUUGGUUGGAUUUAUGAAUGAAAGAUGGACUGGUCUUUGGAGCUGUUUUGCAAAACUCUUUUGUAAAAAAAAAACAGCUUAAAAACACAGAGUGCCGCAGUCCACAGUGGCUGUUACGGUUCUUAGAGCAACGAGAGCUAAACCGUUAGCAGCUACGCUCCGCAGCAUGGGCGCAGGGCACCGUCCAACUUUAACAUUUGUUACAAAAUGACUAAAUUAUACCGAUUUUAAUGAUUUAGCUUGAAAACUCAUGAAAAAGUGAGACGCUCCUCACUGCACUGUGUUUCUGUGAUGUAACAAGGAUUGAUGCGAAACUUGAGUCAAAUGAUCCAAACUGCAUGUUUCAUCCCAACCAGGUGUAAAAACCAGUACAGAAACUGGACAGACUGAACUCCCAGUCUGAUGGAGACCAGCUUGGGUUUUUCAUCCUGUUUUUGUUGGAAAUGAUCAGAGUUAAAAUCAAACAAGAAAUGCUCCGAUAUUCACUGCUUUUGUAAAAACACUGAACUGAAUGAAUGAUUAAAGUGUUUUUUUAUAACAAA